CUCUCACUUCCCUUCAUUAACUCAUUCCCCAAAAAAAAAAAUAUCACAUUCUCAAACUUUUCUCUCUAUACCAAAGAAAAAUACAUUAUAAUGGUUAUUGUGUGACAUUGGUGUAGUGCAUGUAUAUAUGGUGUAAAGCUAGCUAGCUCUUCUUUUAUAAAGUACUAGAUCAUAUAUCAUCAAUGAUAGCUUCAAAGACUACUACUACUACUCCCAAGACUUGCUCACCGAGUCAAGAUCAAGAGCAAACCAAACCGGUUAGAGAUUCCGGUAAGCAUCCGGUUUACAGGGGAGUCCGGAAGAGGAACUGGGGGAAAUGGGUGUCGGAGAUACGUGAGCCGAGGAAGAAGUCACGCAUAUGGCUUGGAACGUUUCCUUCACCGGAGAUGGCGGCGCGUGCACACGACGUAGCCGCUCUUAGCAUUAAAGGAGCUUCAGCUAUACUCAACUUCCCUGACCUAGCCGUCUCUUUUCCCAGACCUAGCUCUCUCAGCCCUCGUGACAUACAAGCCGCAGCUCUCAAAGCUGCUCACAUGGAGAUCAUGACGACGACGACGACGACGACGACGUCACAGUCUUGUUCUUCUUCUUCGUCUUCUUGUUUUACGUUUUCGUCCUCACAGUCUUCUUCCUCGCUAGAGUCUCUCGUGUCAACGGGCUCGGAUGAGCUAGGAGAGAUCGUAGUGUUACCGAGUUUGGGGUCGAGUUACGACGGUUCGAGUCAGCUAGGUAAAGAGUUCAUAUUCUCUGACACGACAGAGUUAUGGGUUUAUCCACCGCAAUGGUCGGAAGGUGAUUAUGAGAUGAUACCUUCUGCAUUACUAUCACAAGAUUGGGAUCUUCAAGGACUGUAUAAUUAUUAAGUCAUAAUCAUAUACUAGUAAAUUUAAAUGUUUGUGUUUAAUUACUUUUUAAUGAACCCUUUAUUUUGUGGGGUGAGUUUAGGGUUUUUUUUUCUUUUUUUUUCAAUGUGUGUGUGUGAGAGAGAGAGCUCCAUAUAUGAAUACUUGUACAUAAUUCUCAUAA